GAAUUAUCAUGCCAUCUGAACUCUAUCAAUACAAAUCAUAAUUUUUAGUCUUCACUACAACAUCAACGCAUAUCAAUCACCAAUUGAAUCACAAUACGGGGUGCACCUUUCCCAGAUACUAGGAAAAGUCCAAGGGCUUGUUACUAUAUCAGUCUUCACUAAGUAACUGGUGCCUCGCUACUUUUUCUACUUUCUUGCCUCACCUCACUCACCAACCACGCAACCACUCAACCACCAUCAUCGUCACCAAAUACAACCCAAUUUUAUAUCCUCACAAGCCAUGCCUCCACGAACAACUCCAAUAAGACCCAUUGAGAAGUUUGCACAAGCCGUUGCCAAAUGCUCUACAGAGGCCUCCCUAUACGGCAAAUGCAUAGUAGCCGAUUACAAUUCCGUUCACAAAGAUAAAUGUCUUACUGAAUUCAUGAAAUUGAAAGAUUGUUAUUUGAUUGCCGCGAAGAAGAAGUAGGGGAGUGUUGUUCAUCUAUUUCUAGAAGAGGAAAUUAAAUUCAUUCAAGACCCGUAUACUAUCUGUCA